AUGUUCAGUGGGUUACGAAGAGUGGCCGUGAGACGUUUGGCGUCGGUCCCGCAAGUCAGCGCCGAAGUCGCCGAUGCCCUUGGCUCCCAAAGGCCCGUGGUGUCGUUAGAGUCCACCAUCAUCACCCACGGGCUCCCCUACCCGCAAAACGUGGAGAUGGCCAAAACGGUCGAGCAAAUCGUCAGAGACCACGGCGCCGUCCCUGCCACCUGUGCUUUCAUCAACGGGGUUCCCAAAGUGGGGCUUACUCCGCAAGACCUCGAGCAGUUAGCCGAGCAGGCGCAAUUGGGCAAGGUGGCCAAAGUGAGCCGCCGCGACAUCGGUGCCGUGAUGGCGUCUAAAGCGUACGGCGGCACCACCAUCGCUCUGACGAUGAUCCUCAGUGAUCGUGCUGGCAUCUCUGUGUUUGCUACUGGUGGUCUUGGUGGCGUUCACCGCGGAGCUUCAGAGACUUUCGAUAUCAGUGCUGACCUCACCGAGCUCGGGCGCACCCCUGUGUCGGUGGUGUGUCUGGGUCCUAAACUGAUCUUGGAUAUCGGGUUAACCAUGGAGUACUUGGAGACUCAAGGGGUGAUGGUAUCCACUUAUAAUGACGACGGUGCUCAAAGAGACGUCCCCGGGUUCUACUGCCGCCAGCUGGGAGUAAAACUGCCCUACGUAUUUGAUUCGUUUACCCACGCUGCUGAGAUCAUUAGAAACCAACGCUCGCUCGAUUUGAGAACAGGUAACGUGUUCUGCAUUCCUCCGCCUAAGGAGAUUGCGUUGGACCCUCAGUUCAUCGACGCGAUCAUCGACGACGCAAACCACAAGGCCAAAGUACAGGGGAUCAAGGGUAAGGACACCACCCCGUUCCUCUUAGCCGAGAUUGCGCGUGCCACCGACGGCCGCUCGGUGCUGUGCAACGUCCAGUUUGUCUAUAACAACGCCCGCGCUGCCUCCAAGAUCGCCGCCGCGUUGCACCCGACGCCGCUAGUGACCCAGCAGCCGCAGUUUAAUAUCACAAACCACGCAUAUGUCUCUCAAUCUCCCCCGUCCCCCGAAACCGAGCCCGAGUGGGUACCGAAACCGUUUGGUUUGGCUCCUAAAGCCACAGUAAUGGUAGUGGGGUCGCUCGCUUUGGAUACCAUCACUACCAUGGCCAAUCCCGUGCUCGGGGACUCUAAUCCUGGCCAGGUGACGUCACUGGUGGGGGGAGUAGGCCACAACAUCGCCGUCAACGCCCACCAUAGCUUGACGCUGCCGUUUGUCAGCGGAGCUCUGGCAGCGGUGGGCUCAGCGGGGCUUGUCUCUAUUGUCGGUACUGAUGCCGCUGGCGACCGCAUUUUGAAUACCAUAAAGCAGGCCGACACAAUCGAUACUUCGGGUAUCCACGCCUCAUCCUCGGUGGCCACGGCUCAGUAUGUCGCCCACCACGACGCCGACGGCGAACUUAUCAUUGCCUGUGCCGAUAUGCUGGCGAUUGAGCUGGACUUCUCUCCCCAGAUCGCGCAGUCGCUUACUAAAGCCGAGCCCCAGGUGGUAGUAACUGACUGUAAUCUCAGUCCGCAAGUGUUACCUCAGGUAAUUCGCCAGGCCAAAUCACUCCACAGUAUCACCGUGGUUGACCCUACUCUGCAUGCCAAAGCAGCUCGCGUGGGUGCUAUCGAGACCGGAGUGUUCCCUCACCAUCAGGUGGACUUGAUCACCCCAACUACCGCAGAGUUGCUGACCAUUUACCAAGCGUUUGAUACCCAGGGGAAGUUUGAUGACUACGACCACUGGUUCCCCGUGUUGGAUAAGCUUGGCGCCAACCAUAUCAUGAGAGAACGCCUACAAAGGGCCCAUCCGGUGUUGGCUCAAUUACUUGAGGAUGGCACCCUCCAGCAACUGUUCCAUCUUUUGCCGUACCUUCCCUUUCAAUUGGUGAAGCUAGGCCCCUCGGGAGUAGUCGCGGUGCUGAUUAGUACCGCGAUUGAGGACUACCGGUCGCUACCCACAACCUCAACCUUCCGUCCCGAAGUAAUUGUGACCUCGAAUGAUUCCGGCCCAGGGAUCGUCGUUAAGUACUGGUCUGUCCCGAAAGAGAACCGCGAAAUUGAGGUGGAGAACGUUACCGGCGCGGGCGAUGCGUUUGUGGGGUUUCUUCUGGCGACGUUGGCCCACUCAAACUGGCUCACCCUGGAGAUUCCUCUGGUCGAAGCCGAAUGGCAUCAGUGGGAAUGCAUCUACAAGGCGCAGCUUGCCAGUGGUCUCACCCUUCAAAGUCCCAGCUCCACCACGGCCGCAUUAGCCGCCAUCCACUAA